GAAAAGUGGAUCUGAUGGUGGCAAGAGACCAAAGGCAGAGAAGAUGGAGCCUAGACAACACAAGUAGUAGUCAGUUCGCCCUUCGCAGCUGCCUCUGUCAUCCUCUCUUCACCCUUGCAGGCUCCCAUUUCCAAGCAGCUAGAUCUGAUCUGGUUUAGCGGUUCCCCAAUCAGACACUCGCACCAAAUCAAAACAGAAUUUCCAACCACAGCUUUGAUCUUGAUUCAGGCUGAAUCUUGAUCCUAUUUGUUCAGACACAAUGCAAGCAGCAGCACGGCAGGUGGACGACAAGGAGUGCUACAGCAGCUACACCACGAAUGGCGGCGGCGGCGCGGCCAUCAACGGGCGGCGCAAGAACCCGCCGGGGCCGUCGUCCAGGGGGCCGAAGCCGAUGCCUUCCAAGUGGGACGACGCGCAGAAGUGGCUCGUGGGCAGCGCCGCCGCCGCCAACGCCGCCAAGCCCCGGAACUCCAACGCAGACGACCGGCGCCUGCUGAGCUCGUCGUGCUCGCAGAACGGGCGCAUCUCCUGCAGCAGUAUGGACGGCGCGCUCGAGUACAACAUGGUGGUCGCGCCCCCGACGCCGCCGCAGCUCGGCGAGGACGACGGCGAGACGAAGAACAUGGACGAGGUCGUCCGGGCGUCCGUGUGCCUGCGGGACAUGGGCACGGAGAUGACGCCCAUCGCCAGCAAGGAACCCUCCAGGGCCGCCACGCCGCUAAGGGCCUCCACACCCGUCGACGCCCGGAGCCCGGUCUCUUCGCGGUCAUCCACGCCUGCGAGGGCAAAGCCAUGGCAGCAGCAGGAUCUGCCCCUUGCUGCUACCGUGGUCAGGACGCCUGAGCCACUUCAUGGCGGCGAGGCAGAGAGUCAUGUUCCCAGCAGGAACUCGCUCGAGUCGCGCGCCGCGGCCUGGGACGAGGCCGAGCGGGCCAAGUUCACGGCCAGAUACAAGCGUGAAGAGGUUAAGAUCCAGGCCUGGGAGAACCAUGAGAAGAGAAAAGCCGAGAUGGAGAUGAAGAAAAUAGAGAUGAAGGCAGAGCAGAUGAAAGCACGGGCGCAGGAGAGGCUGGCAAACAAGCUGGCAGCGGCAAGGCGAGUGGCCGAGGAGAAGCGGGCGAGCGCCGAGGCCAUGCUCAACGAGGGAGCCGCGCGGACGUCAGAGAAGGCGGAUUACAUCAGGAGGACGGGGCAUCUGCCUUCCUCCUUCUUCUCCUUCUCCUUCAGAAUCCCCUCCCUCUGCGGCUAACUGCUUGCCUGCCCACUGCCACUUGCUUCUGCUCCAUUCUCGCUCACUGUCACUGUACGUAGGGGAGUCCCGGUUUUUGUAGUAUGGCCAACAUACAUAGCACUCGUCGUAGCUUUGCUUCUGCAUCAUCUACCAGCUGUAGUUGUGUCGGCCGUUGUUCUGCCAUUCAGUUCUUCUGUACUGGAGUGUAUAGCCGUCACUUCUUUUAUUGAUGUUCUUAUUGCAUGUCUGAAUGGAACUCACAGGAGCUGGCUUUUAAAGUCAGCUUAAAUUACGCUUGAAAAUCAUAGUACUAUCUGUUUAGUUUGUUUACGCAA